AUGAAUAGGUGUAGUAAUUUUCCUCCUGUGCUGCAAAUGGACAUCAGAAACUGGCACAAAUCUCGAAGCAAAAGCGUCCGAUUCGGCCAAAAAUUCUUUUGGAGAGAGUAUGAAUCGAACCCAAGGUGGCUAAUUUUUUGGAGGAAGAACAGAGGGGCGAAGAAGAAAAAUUCCAGUUCUUCUGUCCCAAUGCCUCGAGCUUCAUAUGACCCAAACACUUACCUGCAGAAUUUCAACGAAGGAUCGAUUUUCACAGAGCCUGAUUAUCUCUCUAGGUCUUUCUCAGCUCGUUAUGCUGAUCCAUCAUGGAGAUUUCUUAAGGAUGAGGAGGUGUACAUGGAUCGAUGUUGA